AUGAAAUCCUUUAUCGUAGUUUUGUGCUUGGCGGUGUGCGCUUUCGCUGGAAACGUUCGUGAGAAGCGCGGCUUCCUUAGCGGUUUGCACUCCGCUGGAGGCUUGUCGUAUGGUUCCAGUUACGGCGGUUAUUCUGCACCCAGUUACAAUGCUCAGGCUGUGAGCUACUCGGCUCCUGCCAUCAGCUACUCCUCUCCUGCCAUCGGCUAUUCCAGUCAAGCCAACUACGCCACUGGGCCAGCCGUUGGUUACUCUGCCGGUCCAGCUAUCAGCUAUUCCGCUCCCGCAGCACGAGUUGUCACCGUCAACAGAGUUGUCAACGUACCUAGGGUUGUGACCGUGCCCCAAGUUGUGAACGUUCGAAAAGUAGUGUCUGUUCCUCAAGUGGUAUCAGUGAACAGAGUAGUGUCUGCUCCUACCUUAUCAACCGGCUACGGCGGAUACGGAAAUGGAUACGGAUACGGAAGUGGCCAAGGAUACUGA